AUGAUCAAUAAUGCGGCAAAGAAACUCAACGACGGUUUCCCUCGUUUUCCUCCUUGCAAGUCACAAAAUUCGCUUUUCUUCAAUUCUUGUGUGACCAAGUUACCUUCUUGGGCGCUCAAAGUGAGUUCAUUCGUCACUUCGUUCCUCAAGCAACUCAUUAGUGAUCUCGGAAAAGUUUCUGUCAACCAACAAUUUUCUUUGUUAAUUCGCAACAAUUUGAACAAAUUCGCGAGUGAUUUGACGGUGAUUCCGAAAGAAGCGGGUGAUUUU